AUAGUCGUGCGAAGGAGUCAAGACCGAAUAGUCGGGGAUGAGAUUUCAAAUGCGCAAAUUUUUCAUCGAACGAAUUCCUAAAUGUACCUGUGCGAAACACGGACGAUCGAUCGACAGGGACAAUCGGACAAUGCCAAGAUCAUCUAUUUUGCAACUCGCUAUUAACUUCUUCGCGAGUUAGCCGGAUUUCGGUCAUCUCGAUACCUAUCGUCCUCAUCCCCUCCAAACGAGGACGAUGUGGACAACAAGGGCGACAAAGAGGACGACUUGAACAACGUGACGGCGACGCCGCGACGGCGAGGACGCCGACGACAAACGACCGGCACGACGCGGAGGAAGAAGAAGAAAAGAGAGACGAGUGUUCGGUGAAGCCUACCGACCGGCUAUUUGGAACACGGCCGAUCAGUUCCUUCGGCGCCUUCGCACCGUGGACGCGGACACACGGACGUCCUUUGUCGCCGAUUUCGAACGCGCGCGCCUCUGUCCCGGACCGGAAUCGAAACGUCGAGGAAAUCCGCGAAAAUUCGCGCGACGCGUCGUUUUUCCGAUUACUUUGCGCUAACCAACGCAAAAGGAUUAAUUGACCUUUAAAAAUCCGCCGCGAAAAAGUGAAAUUGACCAAGGAAAAUGUUUCGUGAGAUAGUUUGGAACUGUUCAUGAUUAAGUCUGGAAUCGACCGAUACGUUUUAAAAGAAUCCACUAGCGCGAAGAAAGUCCUCGACAACAGCGCGAGAAGAUAUCAGCACAAUGUCGGAGGGUUGCACGAGUUGCAGAGGCGCGAAUUACGCGAGUGGUACUUUGCAGUUAGGCGCGAGUGCCGGUGGCAAUACCGGAAGCUCGUCGUCCACGUCUGGGACGACCUGUACAACCACGAGGAGAGUUCAGGUCCGCGCAAAAGUGUUAUAUGGCACGGGCAAAGCGAUAGCGAGCUUGCAAGCACAGGAGAAAGCGGCCAGACACUGAUGAGCAUCAUCCUUUCUUCCCUCUCCUGCGCACUGUCAUCGAAACCGAGGGAAGCGAACGAUAAAGCAGAAUCUCACACCAAAAGCCAAACGUCAAAUCACCAAGUAAGAAUUUCCGACAAACACGAGCAAUCGUUUUUCGCAUCAACGAACGCUCCGGAGAGGCGAGUAAAUAUUUCAUCGGACUACAAUCCUUUAACCCCAGAGAUCCAAGAAAGCAACGCAAAUACUUGGUAUCCUGUCGAAGCAACGCGCUUGAAAUACGUAGUACAGACGUUGCUAACGAAAGAGAUAGAAGAGGUAGCAGCGGAUGUGUUACAGUCGAGAGAUUCCGACGGAAUCACGUACAUUCCCGCGAAAGAGACGAAUCAGACGAGAGAUGGUAUCCGACAUGAAUUUUUGAACGCAUCGCGCAUUUCUGAAAGCACUUUGGUAACAGAACCAGUGGCAAGAGAAAAAGAAGAUGAAGAAAUCAAAAAGACGGAAGAUGAACUCGACGAGAAAUCUUGGGCCAAAUCGCUGAAUAAUGCGAGUGUCAAAACUAACGUUUUCAAUGGGAAAAAUAACAACACUCUGCAACAAGUGAAGUUUCUUCAAAAACGAAACGAUGGCGUCCAAGCGAAUCAAGAUUCUAACGUCGAUGAUAUUUCGAAGGUGAAAAGUCACUCCGCUGAAAAGUCGGAGGACGAUAUCUCGAUUCAAAAGAUCAAUGUGAUCGCGGAAACGCAAAACGCUGAAUCGAAAGCCAGUGAUCAGUCUCUGGAGAACUGGAAAUCUGUGGAAGACGGCUUGAUAGAAGCCGCAACUUUUGGAUUACAAGAAAUGUACAAUCUUUAUCUGAUUCAGGAACCUAAAUUAUAUUCUAUGGGUCUUUAUUUGGAGAACGAUAAUCCAGCGAGAUACCUGGCGGCGUUUAACGAUCAGUCAGAGGAAGCGAGAGAUCUCGCGAUAUUCGGGUAUGCGGUCCUUCAAGGUACCACAAUGUUCUUAAAAAAGUUUCCUAAUGCAUCAUUCGAGUUACCUUUAUUCCGAAGUAAGCUUACUCGAAGAACCUCUUUGGACCAACAAUGUCCUCGAAGAGACCCACCUCAAUGUCCACGGGCUAGCCUAAGAUACAGAACGUCUGACGGCAGCUGUAAUAAUUUGCAGAAUCUCUGGUGGGGUUCUGCGAUGUCCGCAAUGCAGAGACUUCUUCCACCGGAAUAUCACGAUGGUGUUCAAAGCGUUAGGAGGUCGAAAAACGGAAGGCCACUCCCAAGUGCACGAGAUAUCACAAGUACAAUCCACGAAAACAAAGAUGUACCACUAGCUUCCAUUACUCACAUGCUAAUGCAAUGGGGACAAUUUGUAGAUCACGAUUUGACAGCAACCGGUCAAAGCAGAGGAUUUAAUGGCACAAUACCACAAUGUUGUUUAAAAGGAGGUAUUGGUUUUCAACCACCAGAAUUCAUGCAUCCGGACUGUCUUCCGAUAGCAGUAAAUCUGCGCGACAAUUUCUAUGGUCCUCUGGGCGUAAGGUGUCUGGAAUUCCUCAGAAGCGGACCAGCUCCUAAAGAGAGCUGUGAAUUUGGCCCGAGAGAACAACUGACUCAGGUGACCAGUUAUCUAGAUGCCUCUAUGGUUUACAGUAGUAACGCCAUGCACAGUGAUAGUCUGAGAAUAUUUCGGAAUGGCUUACUGCAAUACGGAAGAAUACAGUUGCGAAGACCUUCGCUUUUGAAACGAGAAUCGGAUUUGUGCAAACGAGGGUCUUUGUCUAUGACUUGUUUUCGGGCUGGCGACGGACGUCUAAGCGAGCAACCUGCUCUCACGUCCCUGCACGUCGUCUUUUUAAGAUUGCAUAACAGGAUAGCCACGGAACUAUCCACCCUCAACUCCCAUUGGAGCGACGAGAAACUUUUUCAAGAAACUCGAAGGAUCGUCGGCGCGGUGGUACAACAUAUAACUUAUCGAGAGUUCCUACCGAUCGUUCUUGGCCCUCAGGUGAUGAAAAUCUUUGAUCUCGAACUUGUUAAAAAAGGUUACUACGAAGGGUACGAUCCAAAGGUAAAUCCUACCAUUGCGAAUUCAUUUUCUACAGCAGCUUAUCGAUUUGGACACUCAUUGGUCCAGCACAGUUUUAUUAGGUUUAACAGCGAUCACAGGCCCAUUUUUAACAACGUUUCGAUCCACGAUGAAUUCAGAAAUCCUGCAAACUUGGAAACGGCAGGAUCCGUCGAUCGUCUUCUGCUAGGCCUAGUGAAUCAACCAUGCCAGAGGCGAGACGAAUUCAUAAGCGAAGAAAUGACAAAUCAUCUUUUUCAAACACCGAGUUUCGCAUUCGGCAUGGAUUUAGCCUCCAUUAAUAUUCAACGAGGCAGAGAUCACGGUUUACCACCUUACGUGCGAUGGCGCGAGCCUUGCGGCCUAUCUCCGAUAAAGACUUUUGAGGAUCUUGAUAGAGUAAUGUCGCCAAGUGCUUCGAAUAAAUUUAAAUUAUUGUACUCGUCGGUAGAAGAUAUCGAUCUCUUUUCGGCCGGUUUGGCAGAGAAAUCGGUUGUUGGCGGUCUGGUCGGUCCGACUUUCGCCUGUAUAAUCGCUCAACAAUUCAGCAAUCUGCGACGUGGCGAUCGAUUCUGGUAUGAGAAUCCCGAUAGCGAAAGCAGCUUCACCAUUGGUCAGUUGCAACAGAUCAGACAAAUUACUUUGGCUCAAGUAUUAUGCCGAACAAUGGAUGGCAUCCAGACUAUACAACCGUUCGUUUUCCUCGCGACGGAUACGCUGAAGAAUCGACGUCUCUCUUGCGAUGAUUCAACCAUUGGACAUCUGAACCUCGAACUCUGGGCCGAACGGCCAUCUGAAUUCAAGAGCAACGUCAACAACUCGCAGAAAGCUAAACGAACAGCGACUGAUACAAACAGUCCUGUUUCUAAGUUAAAAGAAGAAAAUAUCAAUCUUAGGAAAAAAGUCUAUCAUUCCGUACAUUCUACAACUCGAAAACCUUUCGAGAACAGCGUUAACCAAGAGAACAAAGUCAUAGUGAAGAGACCAUUCGGGCGUCCAGACAAUAACAACGUUACGAUCGUAGUUCAAAACAAUGCUGUAAAUGCGCCAGUUUUCGUAAAUGAAGGUAUUUACGGUUCGAUUAUCAAAAUAAAGGAACAGCUUCCAGUCAGGCCUAACUCGAAUCUUAACAAUCCUCUAUUAAGUUCCCCGUUUCGACCACAAGGGAAACCGAUACCGACGACUAUUCCUCAUUUACCGAGUUCUUUAGCAGGUCAUCCGUAUGUUCCCUAUGCUUUCAACGAUCCUCAUAAUCCGAAUCCACUAAUUUAUGGAUACAGAUCUCCUGCCUAUGCGCAAGAUGACGUUUUUUACGACAAUUACUCUGCCACUAGUCCCAGGCCUACUCUCUAUACAUAUUACACAAAUUUCCAGCAGGCAUCUACUACUAAAAAGCCAGAAGUCGACGGUUAUUUGAUCAAUUACGGAUUUCUGUCAGCACAUACUCAUGAAUCACCUAAGCCUCCAGACAAUUUUGGACACUACGAAUUGCACGAUGAACAUAAACCAUCACAGAAACCGAAUUACGGUGGUCCUGAAUCGACAAACGUGCAGUUUACCAGGCCAAAUUAUGCCUCAAGUAUUGAAUUUUAUUCACAUAGACCAAAUUAUAAUGAACAUAGACCUUCAACGACUACACGGCCAAAUUUCCGACCGAAUUAUGCAUCGAAUGAUGAAUCUCAUCAUGUACACAGACCAAAUUAUGAUGGCUAUAAACCUUCAACAACCACACGACCAAAUUCCCGACCGAUUUAUGUAAUAAAUAAUGAGUCUCAUCAUACGCAUAGACCAAGUUACGAUGGGCAUAGACCUGCAACGAUUACGCGGCCGAAUUUUCAAUCAAACGACAAAUUAUAUUUUGAAUCAGAUUAUAAUCAACCUCAGGGUAACUCGCGACCAAACUAUGAUUUACAUCAUGUACAGAAAACAAUUUAUAAUGAAUUUACAUCCUCAACAAACUUUCGACCGAAUCAAGACUCAUACGGCACACAAAAACCAAGCGGUACUGGAAAUUUACAUUUACAAAAUAAUGAUUUGAUUAACAGACCAAAUGGAGGUUAUUCUAUCGCUAAUCCUAAUAAAUCACAACAUCACGGACAAUGGAAUUCGAACGAUUAUCAAAAGAGACCUAGCGAAAAACCGUAUGAUGACGACGAUCCUGAUGCGUAUCAGAAAAAGUCAAACAUAAAGCCACAAAGUUAUAGCACUGAUAAUUCCUAUCAAACAUCGACUACUAGACCAAAUAAUGAAUAUAAUUCUCAAUUUUGGAAAAAAGAUUCGCUGCAUUCUAUCAAGCAUCCCGGGCAAAGUGGACUUUAUGGAUCUGUUCCGAAUUUUGGAACGAAUGUACCUUCUUACGAAAAAGAUGCGUUUACAUAUUCCAGUACUUCGUCUUCUACAAAUAAUUACGAUCGAUACUCCGAUGCUACUCCAGUUUAUCAAAAAAUAUUGUCGUCUACUCAAAACAGUUGGACGGAUGUCUCAUCCUACGUAAAAACAAGCAGUACUCAAUCUCCUUUUAGCAAAGAUCGAUUUUAUACUUUACUUCUGUCUUCUCAGAAACCAACAAAUCAGCCAAUCUAUCAGAAAAAUAAUCAAUCAAAAUCAUCUUCAAAAACAUCAGUCGACAAACCCUCUGUUGCUAUGGAUGCAUACGAAAAUGAUUCUUAUAAAAGUUCCACAAAACUAUCCAAUUUAAAUGACCAAUUAUUAUCGAGCACUGCGUAUUGGUCAGAAACUUCAACGAUUGGUCAAAUAUAUAAACAAGAAGAAAAUUUCAAUCCUAAACCAACAAAGGUACAAAGCGUUACAAUCGUCAGCGAAACAAUCGGAACGGUCCACCAUCCUGGUCAUUCCGGAUAUAUAUCUCAACACAAAGUUACUAGCGAAAUUCCAAGACCAUUGACACAACAUAUAAAGAGCAAUGCACCAAUUACCAAGAAAGCUGGACAGUAUUACUACGAGAGGAAUGUGUUGUAUCGAUAUCCCGGCGAAAUAGUCGAACAAAUUCCUAAAAGUAAUCUCUACUUGGAGAAACGUGAGGAAACACUCGUUCAAGAUCGAGAAACGACAUCUGAGAAGAUUGCAGUAAAAGAAUCAGAUAUUGAUAAUCCUGUAACAAACCCUAAAGUGAUUCAAAGCGACAAAAAUAAAUUGACACCUACGCCGCCGAUCGCUGAUCACGAGCAUAAUCGCAAAGAUGACGUAGUGGACGACCUCCAACAGACUUCAACAGCUUUCUCGGCAGACAUCGAAAGUGUCGCACCAACUGACGUUCCUAACAGAAUAACUCAUUGGGUGAAUUUGCAAGAAUAUCUGAAUUUAUCGACAAUGUUGGAAAUGUCUACAGUUCCAUCGAAUGAAUCUGCGAGUGCCAAGGAAUUACCUAAGCCCAUUAAAUCGCGAAGUCACGCUACUUAAAGUUCUACGCUUCUUAAUUCAUCCUCAGUACUUUCGAUUCUUUCGAUUCCCAAAUGAAAUGGAAACGGUUUCAGAAUUACUUUACUUAUUAUUGAAUAUCGUCUAAUUCGUUUACGAUUUUAAAAAAGUACAUCAAUUUUAAUCCAACUGUAUACAUAUAUAAAUUAUGGAAUAUUUAUUUUAUAUCUUAGGUUUUAUUCUUAUUUAGUAAAUAUAUAUUAUCACAUUUAAUAAAGUAUCUAUAUCUUUAAUAUCUUUACAUGUUAAUGUUUCAAAGUAAUUAUUUACAGGCUUUUUUAUGUAAAAUAUCAUCAUAAUUUUAUUAUGUCACUUUUAAAUCAUCUUAAAUGAACAACUCUGAAUAUUUACAAACUUGACUUUGCUUUACUGAUAAUAUACCUGAUUUAAGAAACUCAUUCAUAAUAAAAAUAGUAUAAAAGAAUUAAAAUCAUGCAUCAAAUACGUGUGUGUGUGUGUGUGUGUGUGUGUGUGUGUGUGUGCGUGUGCGCGUGCGCGUGUGUGUGUGUGUGUGUGUAUGUAUACACACACAUAUAUUGGUAGUGCUGUACUUAUAAUUGUGUCAUCAGUGAUUAUUCACUAUUUUUCAGUGAUUCUGAUUAAAAAAAGAGUAUUCUCCCUGAAAAUACAUCGAAUGUUACUGAAAAACAGUGCAUGUAUUAUAUUACUGAAUAAAAUGGUUACAAGUAUAUCACUGAAAAUAGACUAUUUACUGUCUUUCAGUAAAUAAUACACUGAUUCCAAUUUAAAAAUCUUCUACUUUUGUUAAUUAUAUAUCAAUUAAUAAAUUGUCAAAUUAAUUCACUCACCGAUUGUUGUUACUGCUGCUGCUGCUACUGCAUUCUCUUUCCACAAAUUCUGCAAAUAUAAUAAAUAUAUUUAUUCA